AUGGCUUCGAAACGCAGCACGAGAACGUUUCUCGACGACUGCCACCACGCCGACGUCGAGGUCUCUGGCACUCCGUCCUGCUGUGCCAGGCGAGAAGAGAAUCCAUCCAGCCUAUUUAGCGAGACACAAAGUAGCAACUCCGCCCGACGGGAAUCCAGGGAAGCCAGUCUCACCGUUGAGACGCCUCCUCCUUUGCCUCCGAUCCGCAAACAAGGCAUUGCUCCGUCAAAAGUCGACCAUCCGCCAUCCGCAUCGGGACGACCCGAUCGAGGCCGAGACUUGCGGCCACUCGGCCUCAACCUCCCAAGUCUGCCCACGACCCCCUCGUCCAUGCAACGGACCAUUCCAAUGGAGGGCCGCCCUCCCAAUUUUGGCGUCGUCGUUCCUGGGGUCUAUAGGAGCAGCUACCCCGGGCCUGAAGAUUUUCCGUUUAUUCAGCAGCUUGGUCUCAAUACUAUGGUAACCCUCGGCCAGAAAGAUGAGCUUGACGAAGUAUACAGCAACUUCCUCACUGUCAAUGCCAUCCGGCAUCACAUCAUCCCCAUGAAGGGCACAAAAAAGGAGAGAAUUCCCAUCCAAACCAUGAGAGACAUCCUUCGAGUCGUCCUCGACCAACAACACUACCCGCUUAUGAUCCACUGCAACCAUGGAAAACACCGCACUGGCUGUGUCGUGGCCGUCAUCCGCAAGGUUUCCGGCUGGGAACUCGACACCAUCCUCGACGAGUACAAGGCCUACGCCGCGCCCAAGAUCCGCGACUGUGAUGUGCAAUACAUUACCGAGUUCGAGCUGUCGGAAUUGUCAAAUCUCUUUGUGCACGAAGCCAACAUGCGUCUUCGCGUCCGGAGGUUUUUCCGGACGACCGUCUUCGCUUUUGCCGUCUUGUUCAUUUGGGCUGUGUCUAGCAACAGGAUUUCCUACUCGGCUGAAAUUGCUGGGACUCUGGAGUAA